AUGACUUUCCAAGAAUACGAAGCGAUUUCGGCAAAAUUUCCCUGUCCGGAGGGUUAUACGCGGAUUUCGGAUGUGUGCGUAGGUAUGGACGUUCCGCAAAAUACUAUUACAGUUAUGCGUUCCGAUAUCGGAGAACGCCUAAAAGAUUUUUCUGUCGAAAAAUCGGACGCACAAAUCAUAAGACAAUCUAUGGUCAAUAUCAAUGUCGAUAUUUCUAAAUACGAAUUGACAUACGGGUGCAUACCUACAUCGUUUGUGCCGGAAAUGCAAGUAGUGAUUACGAAAUACAUAGAAGACCGUUAUUCGAAAACGCCCGUGUUGGUCGACGGAGAGUUGGAAUUCUUUUGUAUGACUUAUUGGCGAUAUUUUAGUUCCGAUUUGAUAGAAUAUUGCGCAAAAACUCCGAGAAAACUAUCCAAAAUGGUUAUGGGCGACAUUGUCAAAAAAUUGCUAAUGUGCAAAAGAAUACUACCGACAAACACAUCUAAGAUAAUCGAAAAAAUGAAAGACGUUUUUCUACCUAAAUUAUUAUGCGCCGUCAAUGUCGAAGACGAGGAUCACGUGACGGUAGGGUCGUUAUGUAUAUUAAAGAUGUUGCUCACGACGUUUCUGACUAUGUACAAAUUACCGAAAACCACGAUAUCGUUCAUAAACGGGAUAUUUAUGAAAUUAAAAAUAGAACAUAAAAUGACGGGCAAUACGUUCAACAAAGUAGUCAAAGCUCAAGAUCUGGUAUUGUGGUGGUUUAUCGAGACGUGUAAUUUUCAUAGAAUCGGUAUUCUGGCCGGUAAUUUGCCGUCCAGCGUGUUCGUUAAUAUAUUGAAAAGUCCUACGUGCGAUAAAUCUAGUCAGAUAUCCGUGUUCGCUAAAACUGACAUUUUUGAAGUUUUCAAAUUUUAUUUUUCAAAAUCGAGCGACGUAAGUUCGGAAUUAUGCAUAGCCGUUGACAACUUCUUCAUGUUGAUCGUAGUUUGGUUUUCAAACUACAUGUGUAACACCGGUCUGCUGUCGGUACAAUCGUCCGGUAAAUUCAAACAAGUCAUUUUACCGCAAUUUUUAAAAAGUUUUAACAAACACGUCGUGGAACAGUACGAACAUACAAUUAUCGCCGCCAAUUAUUCCGCGAGGAUAAAAAAUAAAUUCGCAGAAGCCGUGUGCAAAAACGUUAGCCGAUUAUCGAAAGCCGAAGGGAACAUCGAGCGCCCGAAAAAAAUCAGUUUCGAACAGUCGGUACUGGCACUUUAA